AAGGAGGAUGCUCUACCGAAUCUUCCGGUUCCGGACCUCGAGACGACUCUGCAGAAGUACCUGGCGCAAGUCGAAGCUGUCGCUCCGAAUCACCUGGAAAGAACACGGAGCCUGGUGAAGGCUUUUCUCUCGGGUCCUGGACCGAAGCUCCAACAACGUCUCUACGAACGUAGACAGAAAUUGACGAACUGGGCAACGGAAUGGUGGCUAAACGACAUGUACCUGUCGAUCCCGCUGGCUCUGCCAAUCAACAGCAAUCCCGGACUGGCCGCAAAACCGAAGAGAUUUGUAAACCAGAAAGAAGCCGCAAUAUUUCUCGCGCGGUUUCUCACCGAACUCCUUAAUUAUCAAGAAUUACUAGAUAGCUCCGGACUGGAAGUCGAACGCGUGAAAUCCAGGGACGGCAAGAGUAUGCAACCGCUCUGCAUGGCGCAGCAUUACCAGAUGUUCCGCAUUUAUCGACGACCAGGUGCGAACGUUGACGAACAAAUUAUCCUGGACAGAGCGUCCUCCGGCGAUCACAUUAUAGUCGCGCAUCACAAUCAGUUUUACAGCGUACCUGUGAGAGCAUCGGACCGAGGUCGGAUCACGGAAGCCGAAUUGGCUCAGCAGUUGUUAAGGAUCAUGGAGACCAAAGCCGAUCCCAGGACCCCACCAGUAGGAAUUCUAACGAGCGCGAAGCGACCAGCCUGGGCGAAAGCACGAGAGGAAUUGAUAAAGAACGAGCGCAAUCGUCACAAUCUCGAAUUGUUGGAGCGUUGCCUGUGCGUCGUUUGCAUCGACGACGACGUGCUGCCGACGACGUUUAAUAAUCCCAUGAAGAAGGAGGACCGCUGGAUCGGUGAUCGAGAUUACGCGAACGUGCUUCAUCAUGCUCUUCACGGCGGCGGGUCCCGACACUUAGGCGCGAAUCGUUGGUUCGACAAGACCGUCCACGCUAUUCUUGGCAAGGACGGAAUGUGGGGACUGACUUACGAGCAUUCUGCCGGCGAGGCGCCGGCUAUCUUUAAAGUUUUCGAGGAGAUAACGGAGAAGGUUGACGCGAUGCCAUCGCCGGACGAGAAUGUGGUACCCUCGCAUCUUCCAGCGCCUGAAAAACUGGAGUGGUGUCUAACCGAACAAAGUCUGAACGAUAUCAGAGAAGCCAUGACGAAUUUCGACGCACUGAUCGAGGAUUUAGAUCUUUGUAUAUUAUACUUCGAGGAUUAUUCCAAGGAUUUCAUAAAGUCUUGUAAAGUUAGUCCGGACGCCUAUAUACAAUUGGCGCUCCAGCUCACGCACUUCAGACUUCACGGCAAGUUGGUGGCCACUUACGAAAGCGCUGGAAUCCGGAGAUUUGCGUUAGCCCGCGUAGACUGUAUCCGAGCCGCCAGUCCGGAAGCGCUGGCUUGGGCGAAGGCGAUGUGCCAGGGCGAUCCCUACGGCCAGACGAGUCAACCAAGCAACGCCAACGUGGAAGGCAGCCCCAAAAGAGUUCAGUUCACCAUUUACAGUGCGGAGAGGAUCAAGGAGCUGUUUGAUCUGGCGGUGCAAAGACAGACCAAGGAGAUGAACGACAACAUUUACGGCCAAGGUAUUGACAACCAUCUGAUGGGGCUGCGUUAUGUGGCGAAGGAGGCCGGCGAAUCGAUCCCGGAGAUCUUCACGGACGAGGCUUACGCGAUCGUUAAUCACUUCGCCCUGUCGACGUCACAGGUGACCACGAAGAACGAUGUGAUCGCCGGAUACGGUCCGGUGGUGCCGGACGGUUACGGAUGCGCGUACAACGUACGGAAAAACGGCUUCAUCUUUUCGGUUUCCGCUUUUCACAGCGACGGGAGGACCAGCGCGAUGCAAUUCGCGCAAACGUUGGAGCAGAGCCUGCGGGACAUGGAGGCGAUGAUCAAGAAUUCGAAGAAGUGAUAGACGCGCGAUUGAGAAUGUUUAAUUAAAUAAAUGUAGAAUUGCAAACGCAACGCAGCCUCUUCUGUCGGUUUCGACAGUGCUGUGUAAAAAAAAGGGUGAUUCGAAAAUUUUAAUCGGGGACCCCGUUACACAUAAUAACGUACGCUAAGCAAUACCGAAACAAUUUUCUCUGUUCUUGGCCUCUGUCGACGUAUUGCUAUCGAACGUUUCACUUACGACGAACGUAAAACGUUCCGCGUGUUAAGAACGGUUUUCGUUUUAUUUGUCAUUCUCAAAGAUGAAAACAAACAUGUUGACAUGUACAGAGACUGGUUUAAGAUAAAUAUAUGUUCGGUUUAUAAAUUGUUUAUAACUGUUUGUUUGUUGAACGAAGAGCGCGACUUUCGAAGCACCCUUGCUUGAAAGCCAAAAACUACCUGUGUAGAAUUUAAGAAAUACGAAAGAGUAGACUACGUAGCGCAGAAGGAUUUAGCAACUUUACUCUCGCACAAGUCAUUGUAUCAAUUCGUUUGAUAUGUAUCGUUGUGGAUUUGACAUAUCAUUUGUAGGGAGUAAAUAUAUACAUAUACAUAGAGAAGAGAAAGUAGCGUAAAGAAGCGUCGCCGAAGCGCGCAAAACUCAUCUAAAGCUGAAAGUAAUACUUAUAACGUGUUCUUCGUUACACGAGCUAAUGUUAGAAAUGUUGUUGUCUGUUUUCUAUAGAAAAGUAUACACGUACAAAAACGUAACACAAAGCGCGCGCGCGUUCACCAAAUCUCGCGAACUGAAACUCCUUCAGCGGUAGCCUGACGUCGUCGUACAGUAAGCGAGUUGUAGAUCGAUCGGUCGUUUUAAAACUCUAGUCCAUUUUUGAAAGAGUCAAAGUUUCUUCGAGU